AUGUUCAAACAAUCAGCAAGAGCGGCCCCCAGUCCAAGAGUAGUUGCUUGGACGCCAUUACUCCUCACCUGGUCAUGGCUGACGCUGCAGUGCACGGCGCUGGACUGGCAGCAGGUUAAGCCCAUGUACCUGGUCUCCAUGAAUCCCAGCCCCUUUAGUCUAUCCAGCUCUUCCUCCUCCUCCUCCUCGUCAUCGCCCUACUCCGGUUCCCUGGAGCAUGAUGCGGAAAUGAGUGCCAGUAGCAUGGAGAUUCGUCACAUGAAAAGCAUGAAGGGAGUGCCUGCCUUCAGCGCGGAGGAUGUGAAGGAACCAGAACCACUCGUCCUUAAUCUGGAGACGACACCGCUAAUGGAGAAGAUGCUGCCAGAGGGCGCCAUGGCCAUGGAUCGCAUCUUUGGUGGCGAUGUGGGAAAUCCGCACUGUUUCCCCUACCAGGUGGGCAUGCUCCUGCAGAGGCCCAAGGGUUUAUACUGGUGUGGCGGUUCCCUGAUCUCCGACAAGUAUGUCGUUACCGCUGCCCACUGCGUGGACAUGGCCAAGCGGGCUUUGGUUUUCCUCGGCGCCAAUGAGAUCAAGAAUGCCAAGGAGAAGGGCCAGGUGCGUUUGAUGGUGCCCAGCAGCAACUUUCACAUCUAUCCCACUUGGAAUCCCAAGAGGCUAAAGGAUGACAUAGCCCUGGUCAGGUUGCCGCAUCCCGUCAGCUUUAAUGAACGCAUCCAUCCCAUCCAGCUGCCGAAGCGGCACUACGAGUACCGGAGCUUCAAGAACAAGCUGGCCAUCGCCUCUGGCUGGGGACGUUAUGCCACCGGCGUUCAUGCCAUCAGCAAUGUCCUGCGCUAUGUCCAACUCCAGAUCAUUGAUGGCAGGACAUGCAAGUCAAACUUCCCAUUGUCCUAUCGUGGAACGAAUAUCUGUACAAGUGGUCGGAAUGCCAGGUCCACGUGCAAUGGCGAUUCCGGUGGACCCUUGGUGCUCCAACGGAAGUACUCCAAGAAGAGGGUCCUGGUGGGUAUAACCUCCUUUGGCAGCAUCUAUGGCUGCGAUCGUGGUUAUCCGGCGGCCUUCACCAAAGUGGCCUCCUAUCUGGACUGGAUCAGCGAUGAGACUGGUGUGAGUUCCUUUCAUGACACCACGGAGGCCAUCUUCUUUGAUCAGUAUGUAAGGUCCUACGGCAAGCCGCCACAAAGUAAGCGAAUGAAAAUGCCAGCGGAGAGGCCAGAGGAGCAGGACGAUGUCCCGGAUGAACUGGACGUGCGUCCAGAUCCCGAUUCGGACGAGGACUUCUCCGACAAUGUCCGACACCGACCUCGUUCGCGCCCCAAGUCCGAACACGAGUUCUAUUUCUUGUAA